CUGGGGUCGUCCCCCGCGCGGCGCGUGGGAGCGCCCGGGGCUUCACUUCCGUGCGCGGCGCCCGGGCCCGCCCUUUCCUCCUGCGCCCCGCGCCGCCGGUCUGCUCCGUGCUCGCCGCGUCCUUGGCUGGCGUGAGAUUAGAGCCAAAGUGAGUACCCGGGCCCGCCUGCUGGUGGGGGACAGUCCUCCCAGACCCUGUCAGGGUCCUGGCACUGGGAUGAGGAGCGGGAAGGCCCCCCCUGCCCUGGAGAGCGUCUGGGAGGACACGCAGACGCAUGGGGAGGCCGCACAAGCUGCUGCCCCCCUGCAGCCCCUGAGCGAGGCUCUGGCCGUGAACGGGCCCGGCCCUGAGGACACCGGGGAGGCCAAGGCCCUAGAGAGUGGCCGGAGCGAGCCAGGCAGGGAGCGCCCAGGGAAGAAGACUCUGCAGAAGAAGAGGAAGCGCUCCCCCAAAGGCGGGCUGGGCCAAGCGGCCCUGGCCCUUGUGGGCCUCUCGGCGGACCACGUCUGGCUCGACAAACCGCUUUUCGACCAGGCUGAGAGCCACUACCGCCAGAGGCUGGCAAAUGUGGCCGCCCAGGCAGCCCAGCCACCGGCCCUGGGCCCACGCGGCCCCUGCACUCAUGGCAGCCUGGUGGCCUGCCACCAUGUGACCUGGGGCAUCUGGGUGAACAAGCCAGCCUUCGAUAAGGCUGAACGGGCCUUUGUGGAGUGGUCACAAACCCUGCUGAUGGCCACGGAAGGGAGCAGUCUGCAGGGCAUUCCCGACACUGGCCAGAGGGUCCCUGCGCCUGACCUGGCCCCCCCCUGCCAGCUCAGCCUGCCGACCAGAGGGCAGCCCCCUCUGGGCAGCCUGCAGACCCUGGUGCAGGAGGCCUGGCUGGAGAAGCCCCACUGUGACGCGGCCCUGUGCGACGGCCACCCGCCCGGGAAGGUGCGUCUACAGGAGCGAGCUGGCCAGGCUGAGGGAGCCCGGCGGGCCCACAGAGAUCGGCGGGGCCGCAACGCCACAGGAAGCAAACGGGCAGGGCCACGGCGGCCAGACGGGGAGGCCCCCUCGGCCCUGCCUCACUGGUACCUCCUGCACAAGGACGCCGAAGCCCCCUGGCUGAGCAAGCCCACCUACGACUCUGCUGAGUGCCGCCACCAUGCUGCCGAGGCACUCCGCAUGGCCUGGCGCCUUGAGGCCGCGGCCCUGGCUCACCGUCCCACGCCCCGGGUUGGCCCAUCCAUAUCCAGCCUGAGACCCAACAGGAAAAUGGCCACAAACUUCCUUGUGCAUGAGAAGAUCUGGUUUGACAAAUUCAAGUUCGAUGACGCAGAGAGGAAGUUCUACGAGCAGAUGAAUGGGCCAGCAGGUGGCUCCACACGCCAGGAGAACGGCGCCAGCCUCAUCCUCCGCGACAUUGCAAGAGCCAGAGAGAACAUCCAGAAAUCCCUGGCUGGAGGCUCCGGCCCAGGCGCCAGUGGGCCAGGAGGAGACCACAGCGAGCUUGUGCUGCGCAUUGCCAGCCUGGAAGUGGAGAACCAGGGCCUGCGAGGCGUGGUACAGGGCCUGCAGCAGGCCCUCUCCAAGCUGGAGGCCCGGCUGAGUGCGCUGGAGAAGAGCUCACCUGCCCAGCGGGCCACCCCGCAGACCCAGCACGUGUCUCCCAUGCGCCAAGUGCAGCCCCCAACCCAGAAGGCGGCCACGGCCACUGAGGACGAUGAGGAUGACGACAUGGACCUGUUCGGCAGUGAUGAGGAGGAGGACAAGGAGGCGGCGCGGCUGCGGGAGGAACGGCUGCGGCAGUACGCUGAGAAGAAGGCCAAGAAGCCCGUGCUGGUGGCCAAGUCUUCCAUCCUCCUGGAUGUGAAGCCUUGGGAUGACGAAACGGACAUGGCACAGCUGGAGGCCUGUGUGCGCUCUGUCCAGCUGGACGGGCUGACCUGGGGGGGCUCCAAGCUUGUGCCCGUGGGCUAUGGUAUCCGCAAGCUGCAGAUCCAGUGCGUGGUAGAGGACGACAAGGUGGGCACGGACCUUCUAGAGGAGGAGAUCACCAAGUUUGAGGAGCACGUGCAGAGUGUGGACAUUGCUGCCUUCAACAAGAUCUGAGCCCUCCGUGCCAUCAAUAAAAAUAGAUUCUCGCA